CCAGAAUCACUGGUGGUGAAAUUUGCCUCCUUUUGACCAGGUCUGGCUGCUGCUCAGCUUUCUCUGAACUCAAACCGGCCUGACCAGCUCCGGCAAGUCUUUCUUCCACCUCUUCUGUCUUUUGACUCAUAGACACAUACAAAGGCGGUUGGAGCCGAGCCGGGCCCUGCUAAGUUGGAAAGAUUCAAACAAAAAGAUGCCUCUUCUUUGACGUUGCUCUUUGGGGGCUGUGGAGAGGGAUCUCUCUACACUUUGGGGGGUCCGAGCAAGACGGAAGACCCCCUCAAAGGGACACCCAUAACACCCAGCUUGGAACAGACAGACAGCUCUCUUUCUGAAUAUUGCCUGCUACAAAGAGGGAAAAUGGCAGAGAGCUCCCUGUUUGCGCAGCGCCUGCAAGCCAUUAUGGAGCGGCGCCGGCUGCAGGAGCGGAUCUUGGCCACCCGCCGGGAGCUGGAGGAAGAGAGACUCCGAGCCCAGCGCCUCAAGAGGAAAUCCUUGCGUGAUCGGUGGCUGAUGGAGGGGAUGUCCGCACCCACUGAUGACGGCGAUCACGUGUCGUCGGUUUGGGAGGCACAAACUCGCAUCCAAGAAUUAGAAGAUGAUCUAUCCAGUCUCCAAUCUCAGAUGCAGCAGCUGGACAACCCAGAGCUUCAGCAGCCAGAGGAGCCUGCAAAAGCAGUGAAGGAGACCAAGCAGUCAUCACUGGAUGGCACUGCAGAGGUUCCUCUGAUAUCUUCGUCUUCUCCUCAAGGGAGAAAUAGCCCUGAGUCCAGACUUGAAUUAGCUCCUGUCCCACCCAAAAGACCUGAAAAGGAGGCAGCAAAAGAGAAACUGCAGAAUGGAGACAUGUCAGGAGAUGAUGUGUUUGGCGUUGAAUGCAGCCCUGAACAGGUGGAUUACAAAGUCAAUCCUGUGGUUGUCGAAAGUGGGGAUCUUCAGUCUUAUCAGGACAGUUCCGAAGUGUCUCCUGCCACAAAGCCACCUCUGCAGAGCCCGAAUCCCACUGAAGCUGCUCCCAGUCACCACAGGAAGCUGGCUGUGGAGGAAAUGGUCAUCCGUGACCAUUUGGGACAGGAAGUAGGCAGCAUGGAUGCUGUUGGGCAGAAACAGAGCUCAAUUGUGAAGGAAGAUGAGAAUGAAGAGCCUGCUCCUUUGAGGAAUGGUUGUGAAGAGGGGAGUGAGCCGGCUCCCCUUUGCGAUGACUUAGGUCAAGAGAUGUCCCCGACUGCUUUAGGAAGCCAACUGGAUGGCGAGCUUGGCAGCCGUGAAGGCCCAGAGGGAGAGUCUCCCACAUCACAGGAUGAACAUCAGCAGACUUCCUCCAAGCAGGGCCAGGAUGUGACCAGCUGCCUUGAUUCCUCUAAGCAGCAGGCGGACGGAGAACCGGGCAAAGAGACAGCUCUGAUGGGAGCAGGGCAGACAGAGCUGCCAGGGCAGGGUGCCAGUGAAACGGAGCCUACCCAAGAUCCAGCAGCUAGUGAUGCUCUGGCAGCAAAUUCAAUAACAUCAGGACUGUCAACUCAAGAGAAGAAGAAGGAGCCGCAAGCAUCCCAUGAAGCAGAGAUCCCAGUGCUGGGGCAAGGAGGAGAGGGACUGUCCACAGAGCCACCGUUUCCAGACCAGACCUCUCCUGUUCCUGAAGCCUCUUCAAAAGAGGACAAAUUGUCAUCAUCUCCUGUAGAACAGAUUGCGCUCGGUGCUGAGAAUCUAAUCCCAUCUCUGCAAGACACAGAGGAAUCCCUUCUAGAUCAGAUCCCUUCAUCUCUUCAGGAAAUGGAGGGUCCCCUCCUGGAUCCUGUGGUUUUGUCACUGCCGAAUCAGAGUCCAUCAGAUCUUUUGAACCAGGGUGCUCCUCCUUUGCAAGAAACUGAGGGACCUCUUGUGGCUCAGAUUUCCUCUUCAGUGCAGGAACCCAUUUUAGAUCCAAUCCCACCAUCUCUGCAGGACUCUUUCCCUUCUUCUUCAGAACAGAAGGCGCCUUCAUCGCAGGGUGCGGCCACUGCUUUGCAGGAAGCUAAACACUCCUCGUUGGACCAGAUCCCAUCCCCUGUGCACGAAACUAAUGGAGCCUGUCUGGAUCAGAUCCCAACCUCUUUACAAAGUGCUUCUUUGCCAGAUCAGAUACUAUCACCUCCUUCAGACCAGCUCGCAUCUCUGUCAGAUGACAUCCCCUCCACUUUGCAUGAAAAAGAGAGAUCUUCCCAGAUAUCAUCAACUCUCGAGAGUCAGGAAUCGUCUGUGAUGGAGGUUAAAGAUGCUUUCCCAGAUAUCACCUCCUCACUGCCUAAUCCGCUUUCUUCUCUGCCUGAUCAGGUCAGUCCCCUUCAAGAUGCUGAAGGGCUGACUUUGAAAGACAUUCAAAUAGAACUGGAGCACCAAACAACAACAGCCCCAGAGACUCAGAUUUCUUCUUUGCCAGAGGCUGACAGUAUUCUUGAAGGCCAAGCCCCAUCCUCUGUGGGUGGUGAUGAACAUCUGAUUCCCAAGGAGACUCCAGUCUCUGGACCAGACCAGGUCCUGCAGGUCCAGACAUGGCCAUUUGUGGAAGGACAGGUCCUUUCUUCUCUGCCAGAGGUUGGAGAGUCUUCUGCAGAGGAAUCUCAGGAGCCCCUGCCCAGUCAAACCUUACCCAGUCUCCCUGAAGCCAAGAAGUCACUUCCAGGUGAGGCCCAAAUAGUGUUGGAGGAUCUGAUGCCAACCUCUGCUCAAGAUCAACCUUCUCUUGGGGAGGUAACAAAGACCGUGUCAGAAAAGGAGAUGGUCCCAUCUGAUGUCGAAAAAAUACCUGCACUGCCUGACGAAACCCCAUCCCUCAAGCAAGGCCCAAAUGCAACACUGCAGGAUAUAUCAAAUGUCCCUGAUGUUUUGCUCUCGUCCAGCCAAGAGCAUGCCCAAUCCAUUUUGGGCAAGACUGCCCCCAUGGCAAACCAGGAAGUGAAAGGAGGUGGAGAUGCUGCCCUGUCCUCAACAACAGCAGAAGAGACACCAGAAGUCCUGGGAGAUCUCCAUGCUGAGCAGCAGCCCUUGCUGAAUUCAACAAAUGCCUCGGUAGCCCCUCCAGAAAUAUCUCUAGGAGACCCGCAACUGUCCAAGACAGGGAUCCUAAAGUCCCAGGCAGCCCCAAGCCAGGAAACCCCAACCUACACCACCGCCUCUGCCAACACUGCCUCAUCCCGCCAGCUCCAGCCCGCUGGGUCCCGCCAAGAGGAAGGCGAAGACCAUGGCCAGAGCAGGCGCAAGCAGAAGUCGUGCCAGUGCUGUUCCGUCAUGUAA